GCUAUGCAAGAAUUUAGAGAUGUUUUAGCUAAACCAGACGAAACAAAUAUCGAUGAUUUAAUUUCUGGGCUAAAUGAUGAUCAAAGGAAAGUAUUCGAUACCAUUACAAAUACCAUUAAAUCUGAUUCGAAAUGCUUGAGACAUUAUGUAAGUGGCGAAGGUGGAACAGGCAAAAGUUAUCUCAUAAAUACUAUUAAAUGUUGGGUGAAACAAAAUUUAAAUAAGGAUGUUGCGGUAGCUGCACCCACGGGUAUUGCUGCCUUUAAUAUUGAUAGACUUACUAUUCAUAGACUUUUUCAAUUACCAGUGGAGCAUGGCUAUAUUCCUAAAUACAGACAAUUAUCCGACGUUGUUUUAAAAACAUUAAGAGAUGAAUUAAAGAAUACUAUUCUUUUUAUAAUCGAUGAAAUAUCAAUGGUAUCAAAUAUCACUUUUAUAUAUAUACAUCUUAGAUUAACAGAAAUAUUCAACACGUUUGAUGACGAUGAUGGAUGGUUCGGGAAAAAGCACAUAUUAUUAUUAGGUGAUUUAUUACAAUUGCCACCAGUACGCGAAGAGUCUGUUUUUAUUAAUAUGAGUAAAGCUAAGACAGAAAAAUAUUUGGAAACAUUAGGAGCUACAAAUUUAUGGAAUGAUUUGUUUACUUAUGAUGAACUUAGGAUUAAAAUGCGUCAAAAAAGUGAUAUCAGUUACAGAGAUUUACUUUCUAGAAUUCGACUUGGAAUUGUAACAGAUACUGAUAUUGAAACAUUGAAUUCGAGAAAAAUAAACUUUAAAUCUACAUCAUGUAAUGAUAGAUUAGAAGAAUUAUGUAAUUAUAUUGCAAAAUUGCCGUGCGAUCCAGUGUGCUUGUUACCAACAUGUAAUUUAUGUAAUGUUCUUAAUACCGCAAUGUUGGAACGCAUACCUUCUGAAAAUAUUUCAUUAUUAGCUUGUAUUGAUUGUCCACAAUAUUUAAAGAAAAAAAUAUUAAAAAUUAUUGGUGCAGAUGAUGAGGAUAGUACGAAAACUGGUGGACUGUCAAAUGAGAUAAUUGUGAAAAUAGGGGCAAAAAUUAUGCUACGUAGAAAUAUCGACGUCACAUUAGGACUUGUUAAUGGAACUAUUGGUACAAUUACGAAAUGUUUACGUAAUAUUGAUAAUAAGGAUGUAAAUACAUUAACAAUUGCUUUAUCGAAUGGAAAAGAAUUCAAUAUAGAACGUGUAAGUGUCAAAUUUGAAGUAAUGGACAAAGCAUACAUUAUUCGAAAACAAUUUCCAUUGUCACUUAGUUAUGGAAUAACAAUUCAUAAGAGUCAAGGCUUAAGUUUGAAUUCGAUUGUUAUUGAUGCAGGAAAUCUUAUUUUCAGUUGCGGUCAAACAUAUGUGGCAUUGUCACGAGUCACAUCUAUAGAAGGAUUACAUUUGAUAAAUUUUGAUCCAGGAUCUGUAAAAGCUAAUGAAUUAACCAUUGUUGAAUAUAAUCGUUUAAGAAACUUAUAUCGUCAAGAUAUAGAAAGCAUUAUUGUGCAAAAAAAUCAAUGCAAUAAGAUUAAAGAUCGACAAUGGACAGUGUCUGUCCGAUUUCUUGCUGGACAGGAAAUUUAUGAAGAAUCAACAAAUCUUGAAAAUAUUUCAUUAACGUCCAUUAAAGGCUUUAUCAAUACAGAUAAUGUUUCUUGCUAUGCAAAUACCGUUUUACAAUGUAUUGUACAUAAUACUGUUAUUAGAAAAUUAUUAUUACAACACGAUGAAACAGAUGUUAUGAAGCAAUUAAUUAACGAUUAUAUUGGUGACAAGAAUGUAUUAAACAGUAUGAGUAUAAGACAAUUUCUUGGUGAUAUAGAACAGUGA